AUGACCUUUGCCGAGGCAAAGGAUGCUAGAGAGGCUUUAGCCAGAUAUUAUGUGAGAUUUGGAUACAAGCUUAAGUUUAUGAAGAAUGAACCUAAGCGAGUUAGAGUUGUAUGCAUUAGUGAAAAGGACUGUCCCUUUUUAUUACUUGCAUCAAAGGAUGGGGAUAAAGAGGGUUUGAUCAUUAAAACAUUGGUGGCAGAGCACAGUUGUUGUAGGCAAAGAGAAGUGCCUAGUGCUUCUCAAUCUUAUUUGGCAAAUUAUUUCAAGGAUGUAGUCUACAGGAAUCCUAGGUUUACAGCUAAGGAUAUGCAGGGACAUGUUAAAGAGCACCUGAAACUACAUGUCAGUAUGGGGAAGUGUAAGAGGGCUAAGAAAGCAAUAAUCACCAAGCUUCAAGGCAGUUACAAACAAGAGUUCAACAUGCUGAUGGGUUACAUUGAGAAAGUGAAAGAGACCAAUUCUGGUUCAAAGAUGGAGCUGCAGUUGUCUAAGGAUGAAUUGGCUAAUGGUAGGAGGGUAUUUAAAAGACUUUUUGUGAUGUUUGAUGCUUGCAGGCAGAACUGGAAGAAAGGUUGUAGGCCCCUGAUCUCCUUGGAUGGUUGUCACAUUAAAGGUGUGACAUUUGGUUGCCUUCUAACUGCGGUAGGACAGUUCUACAUGUAA